UCCGAGUUGGCUGAGAGUGAAACAAACAUGGCGACAGACUGGAGUGGUUGGCAGGGGUAUACGCUAACUUUAAUCGUUUUACUAUGGUGUACGGCGAGCACAGAAGCCGAGACGGGGAUCCCGGAGACCGGUAGCCCCACCCAGGUCUUCGGCAUGCGGCUGGAGAGGAGCGACAAGCCGGCCACUACCACCGACGACGGGGUGAUCCAAGUAACAGAGGAGAGCAACAUCUUCAUGAGGUUCUACGGGCUGCAGAUUCUUCCUGACACCUCGUCACAGAUCAAGUUCAUGGAACAUGAACAUGUUGAUGUUACUAGCAAUAAUGCUAAUUUUAACAGGACUUGCGCCGAAUAUACCAAAGAUAUCGUUAUUCGGGGUGGCAUGAACGUGAGCCACCUCGGAACCUCCGGGGUGGUGAGUUUGAAAAUCAAGCCGCUACGGAAGCGCGAGCUCAAGAAGGAGUAUGGGCUCUGCGUCCGGGACAAUCAAGAUGGCAAGUGGUACCUGUUGGGUGAGGAUGACGGGAGGCUGCGAGUGGUUGAGGAAAAGAAAUCCAUGCUUCCUAUGUGGUUCCAGUGUAUCCUCAUCUGCACUCUGUUGGUACUGUCAGGUAUGUUCAGCGGGCUCAACCUGGGACUCAUGGCCCUGGAUCCUAUGGAGCUCCGGAUAGUCCAGAACUGCGGUACCGAAAAGGAGAAGAGGUACGCCAGCAAGAUCGAGCCCAUUCGGAGAAAAGGGAACUAUCUUUUAUGUUCCUUACUCCUGGGUAAUGUGCUAGUCAACACAACGCUCACCAUCCUCCUGGAUGACUUGAUAGGGUCAGGUCUGGGAGCAGUGGUCGCCUCCACUAUAGGUAUUGUCAUAUUCGGGGAGAUCGUUCCCCAGGCGCUGUGCUCUCGCCACGGACUGGCUGUAGGAGCCAACACCAUCAUGGUGACCAAGUUCUUCAUGUUGGUGACUUUCCCCCUGUCAUGGCCCAUCAGUAAACUCCUGGACUGCAUCUUGGGCCAGGAGAUCGGUACCGUGUACAACAGGGAGAAGCUGGUGGAGAUGCUGAGAGUAACGGAACCGUACAAUGACCUGGUCAAAGAGGAACUCAACAUGAUCCAGGGUGCGCUUGAGCUCAGGACCAAAACCGUUGAAGAUGUCAUGACGCCGAUCAGUAAUUCCUUCAUGAUCCACAGCGACGCCGUGUUGGACUUUAACACCAUGUCAGAGAUCAUGGAGAGCGGUUACACGCGCAUACCGGUGUUUGAGGAUGAGAGGUCCAACAUUGUGGAUAUCUUGUUUGUCAAGGACCUGGCUUUCGUUGAUCCGGAUGACUGUACGACGCUGAAGACCAUCACCAAGUUCUACAACCACCCGGUUCACUUCGUGUUCCAUGACACCAAGCUGGAUUCCAUGUUAGAGGAGUUCAAGAAAGGUAAGUCCCACCUGGCCAUCGUUCAGAAGGUGAAUAAUGAGGGGGAGGGGGAUCCGUUCUACGAGGUGCUGGGAUUGGUUACCUUGGAAGACGUCAUCGAGGAGAUCAUCAAAUCAGAGAUCCUGGACGAGUCGGACCUUUACACUGACAACAGCAGAAACAGGAAGAAGGUGGCACCCAAUAAGAACAAACGAGAUUUCUCCGCCUUCAAACAGAGCGAGAGCGAAUCCAAAGUCAAGAUCUCCCCUCAGCUGCUAUUGGCCGCUCACCGUUUCCUGGCAACAGAGGUGACGUUAUUCAGCCCGUCCCAGAUAUCAGACAAGGUUCUGUUGAGGAUUCUGAGACACCCCGACGUCAUCCAGGACAUUAAGUUCAACGACAGUGACAAACGCUGUCCUCAACACUUUGUCUACCAGAGAGGGAAGGCUGUCGACUACUUCAUACUCAUACUGCAGGGUCGGGUGGAGGUGGAAGCCGGGAACGAGAACAUGAAGUUUGAGACGGGACCCUUCUCCUACUACGGAGUCAUGGCCCUCAGUGCUCCCACGUUAGGUGAGUCCUCUCUCUCUCUCCUCCGUUACUGUCUGUCUCUCUUC